UUUCUUUCCUUCCAGCUCUUUGGGCUGGCACAGCAGUGCCCUCGCUAACCUCUAGGCUGGCAGCAGUAAGCUGGCAAGCUCCCCCGCCUUCCUUCGCUCACCUGGGAAUUCCAGAUGGCAAUGGCACCUGGCCCAGCUUGGAUGCCUCGCCGGACGGGAGCGCACCGAUCCUUGGAGAAAGCCUUCCAGGGGUUAACCAAGCUCCAACAGCUGGUGUGCCAACCUCAGAUGGCGCUUCGGAAUAGCCCACCUCACCUGCCCUCCCUCUUGCCCCAGAUUUACCAGCACCUGAAGCUUAUUCGGGAGCACUAUGGGACCGGUUUGGCCCAGCUCUGGGAAUCCGAAUUCUUUCGGAUCUUCCUCCUGAAUCUGCUGGAGAAGAUUAAGCAAGCCACGCAGCUGUUCAAAAGAGGGAAAGACAAAGAGGAGAUUUUUCAGGAAGCCUCGGCUGCCAGGAGGAAUCUAACAAAGCUCUCCCUGAUCUUCAGUCACAUGUUGGCUGAACUACAAGCCGUGUUUCCCAACAGGGAGGACCAAGGCAGCACGUACCAGCUGAGCAAGCAAGAGGCCCAAGUCUUCUGGAGGUGCACCUGGAGAGAACGAAGCCUGGUUCCCUGGUCUGAAUUUCAAAAAGGUCUCCAGCAGGUUCAUCCAGUAGAUUCUGGUCCAAUGGCCAUAGCCCUGAAGUCCACCAUUGACUUGACCUGCAGUGGCCACAUCUCCAUAUUUGAAUUUGACAUCUUCACUCGUCUCUUCCAGCCUUGGCCAACCCUGUUGAAGAACUGGACGUAUCUAGCAGUAACACAUCCAGGUUACAUGGCGUUCCUCACCUAUGACGAGGUGAAGGCACGGUUGCAGGCAUAUGUCAACAAACCUGGCAGUUACAUUUUCCGGCUCAGUUGCACCCGGCUGGGCCAAUGGGCAAUUGGCUACGUGACGGCAGAUGGAGACAUCUUGCAAACCAUCCCACAGAACAAGUCUCUCUUCCAGGCCCUGGUAGAUGGACAGAAGGAAGGCUUCUACCUGUAUCCGGAUGGGAAAAACGUGAAUCCGGAUCUGGCAGAGUUGAUGGAAGGCUCCACUCGAAACCGAAUUAAGGUCUCGCAGGAACAGUUUGAGCUCUACAGCCAGGUGGAAUCCACCUUCCAGCUUUGCAAAAUCUGCGCCGAGAACAACAAGGACGUCCAGAUUCGACCUUGCGGGCAUCUUCUCUGCCGGGAGUGCCUUAAGUCAUGGCAGCUUUCAAAAUCCCCCACCUGCCCCUUUUGUCGCCAGACGAUCUGGGGCCACGAAGAGGUGGAGGUCAGCCCCUACAGCUCCCAGGAGGGGAGCCCGACAGCCAAGGAUGAGAGCGACGAGGGGGACCUGGAAGACGUGGACAUGGUGUUACAACAGCUGAUGCUCAUGCGCCAGACUCAAGGGACAGCGGAUCCCCUUCCCUGUCCCAAUCUAGACCCCGGGUUGCAAACCCCUCCGAUACCCCCAAGGCUAGAUCUCCUGCAGCAGAAGCCCCCAGUUCUUCCUCUCCCAGACUACCAGACCAUCUCACCUUCGACCCACUGGAUCAGGGAUCGCCCCUUGCCAAGCCUUCCUCAAGAACAGCCUCCAUCCGUCGCCUCAUGGGACAGCUCGGCGGCUUCUCCGUUUGAAGAGAGGCGACAGGAAUCCUAGCCACUGAGUUGCUUGCAGACAGUCCAGGAGUCGGGUCGUAUCUGCGCUGAUCUGUGCUGUUCGGUUGGUGGAAUCCAAAACAGCAAUGUGGGCUUCUGUCUAAGAGACCCAAUUCAACGGGGUCUACUUGCCGAAUGAAGGCGAUGUGGGCUCACUCACAGUUCUGAUGCUUCAACCCAGCUUGCCUCCCAACAGAACAAAAGCAAACACUUUGGGGAGGACAAUCCAGAUGUUUCUAGCAAUGUUUUCAUAACAUGUGCUUUUUUUUUUCCUGGAUGGAUUACCGUGAUUUUAUUAUUCUGUCUGGAACUUCGCAAGCAUUGCUAUUGGUGAACAUCUCUCAGCAAUCCCGUUUCCCUAUUUUGGGAAGAGAGGACCUAUUGGACGGUGACUGCAUGAUCAGCAUUCAUGCAUUAUAGCUGUGGUAGUCAACCUUUUUCUUCACCACAAACCCCCUUCAAAUACCUUUUGUGGCCAUGGACCACAGCCACGGACCUCCUAAGACUGAACUCAAGAUUUAAAUCAUAGCAUUUCUUCAAAGCUUUGUGGACUCCCUGUGAUGACAUCGUAACCGUGGUGGCCCAGUGCUUAGAAUGCAGUAUUGCAGGAUAAUUCUGCCUAUUGCCAUCAGUUUGAUCCUGACCAGCUCAAGGUUAAUUCAGCCUUCCAUCCUUCCGAUGUCGGUCAAAUGAGGACCCAGAUUGCUGGGGGCAAUGUGUUGACUCUGUAAACCACUUAUAGAGGGCUGUAAAGCACUUUGAAGUGGUAUAUAAGUCUAAGGGAUAUUACUAUUGCCCACUAGAGCCCCCCUCUGACCAUAGAUUGGGAACCACUGCAUUAUAGCACAAUCACCCCAGUCAUUUUGGAAAGAGGGUUGAAUUUUUUUAAUGACUUUUCUAACUUAUUCCUCUUGAGGAAGAUGUUCACUACUGUAUCAGCUUUUUCUGUUCAAAACCUUAGAUACAGUGGAGAAAGCAGGACUUUUAGAAUUAAAUCAAAUUGAUUAGCCUUUUG